CGUACAUUGUUAGACGCUAGGUAUACACACUACACCUGUUUUCUCAGCAAGCGUGACGUAUACUGUAGUAGCGAAUUCGCAGUUGACUCGUCGGUGCAUACUAAGUCUUAUUCAUCAGGAAUAUAGCGAACUGUUGGCGUUUGGGUGAUUCGCCUUAUCCGUGUAUAUGGGGCCACGUGCACGAGAACAUAGCACACAGAAGACAUAGUUACUGAGAUACCAGGUACCUAUGUGUCGACAGACAGCACGCUAUAUUAUGUAAAUGAGAUGUUAUUCAACCAAUCGUAGAUCUGUCAGUGAAACAGUUCUAGGCACCCACUGCAGAGGAAAGGCGCCCGCACAGCCGUUAUAAUACAGCGUGGCUGCCCAUUCGAUCUAUUGUGAGAUUGUACUCGCUCGCAGAGACAAAGCAGUUAUAAUCCAGACCCACAACACUUGAAAGUGUACGCACUGGCAAGGGAAAUGAUGUCCGACGACAAUUAUACAGCACGCUUAUUGCAUUUAAGUAUUUUCAUGGUCGUAAUAUUAGUUACGAGUAUGGUAUCGGGCGGAGAAUCCGACCCCAAAGACUCGAACACAAAGGAACACAGUGCUAUUAUUAGCAAAAUAAUGAAUGUCUUCGAAAUCGGUGCCCUACGACCCAACACCGGAACUCAUGCGGUGAAUGUAACUUGUGAAAUGUAUGUCAACAGUAUUCACUCUGUAAAAGAAGUAAAUAUGGAAUACUCUGUGGCUAUUUAUUUGAAAAUGCGCUGGCAUGACGAGAGAUUGCGUCAUAAUGGCACGGAACCUAUAACCCUCAAUUCGCCCGAGUUUAUAGAUGUUGUAUGGAGACCAGAUGUCUACUUUGAUAAUGAAAAGAAAGGGGAAUAUCAUAAAGUGACAACUGAUAAUAGGGCAUUAGAGCUGGGUAGCGAAGGCGACAUCACAUAUGGACUCAGAAAUUGUUUUCAAGCCACUUAUCCCAAGGCAAUUGACCGAAGGAUAACGUUGUUUGGAAGGCCCAUGGGCAUGCGUAUACCUGUACCUGUAAAAGAUGCUUACGAUGCAAACAAUCUCAUUCUGCAGUGGAGAGAUUUUAAUCCGGUAGCAUUAUUUCCCGAUAAUCAAAUGCCACAGUUCACGCUCACGAAAUAUGAUUAUACGGAAUCAAUAAGGACUUAUAAGCAUAUGCCGAACAAGUCUUGUCUCGAAGUAGUGUUUUACCUUGAACGGGAAAUGGGAUACUACAUACUGACCAACUACAUUCCGAGUGCUUUGUUAGUAAUAUUAUCAUGGGUGUCGUUUUGGUUACAUCUCGAUGCUACGGCAGCGAGGGUCGCUCUUGGAAUUACUACAGUACUCACAACAGCAACACAGUUAUCCAUUGCUCGGGAAUCGUUACCCGAAGUGUCGUACCCAACGGCAAUCGACGUAUGGAUGACGUCUUGUAUGUUCUUUGUCUUUGGUGCUAUGAUAGAGUUCGCUAUUGUCAACUAUUUGUAUAUGUAUCGCAAGUCCAAGAUAAAUGAGCACGUAUCCGGAAUUGAACCACAGGAAUUAACCCAAAAGACGAACUUUGGAAACAACGCGGAUGGUCUCAAUGACGGAAAUUUUACAACUCACGUCCCGGUCAAAGACGUGGACUCAACACGACCGUUCAUCGAGAAACCGGCGGUUCAAACGUGUUCAUACGCUAGGAUGGCCAAGAAAGUUGACCGUUUGGCUCGAUUACUCUUUCCACUCCUGUAUGGCGUCUUCAACGGUCAGAUGUUUGGGAUAUGUGGUAGUGUAGAUAGUGGUAAACAAUCGCUUAUAUCGGCCAUAUUAUCUCAACUGCGGCUAAUAACCGGUAAAGUUGCCAUUGAUGGUAGAAUGGCUUACAACUUAACAUCUGAAGGUCCAGUAGUAACUGAAAAUAGACCGUCCGAUAACUGGCCUCACGCAGGUGCAAUAGAAUUACAAGAAUUGAAGUUGCGCUUUCGCGAAAACCUCCCUCUUGCUUUAAGGGGUGUCUCCUGCAAAGUAGAGUCAAUGCAGACAAUCAGAAUUGUGGGUAGAACUGGAGCAGGAAAAACUUCACUUGGUGCUUGUUUAUUUCGUCUGAGGGAGCUAAAUUCCGGGGCUAUUUAUAAUGAUGGUAUUAAUAUAGCGUCUCCAGUAUUACAAGAUUUGAAAUCAAAAUUGACAAUAAUUGCCCAAGAUCCUGUUUUGUAUAAUUUGGAUCCAUUUCAACAAUAUUCUGAUGAUGAAGUUUGUUCAGCGUUGGAAAAAUGUUACAUGAAAGACACGAUAGUCAUGUUGGACGAGGCCACUGCUUCCACUGAUACAGCGACUGAUAGUCUUUUACAACAAACAAUAAGAGACGCAUUUCAAGAUUGUACUAUGUUAAUAAUAGCACACAGGCUGAACACUGUAUUGAAUUGUGAUAAAAUUAUGGUCAUGGAUAAGGGAAAGGCAGUUAAACUUGAGCAAGAAAAAGUUAAACUUGAGAGGAAAAAAGCUGCAGAAGAUAUAAAACUCGAGCAAAAACGGCUAGAUCAACUAGCUGAAAUUGAACUCGCAAAAUUAAAAGCUGAUAGAGAGGCUGUCACAAAAUUAGCUCAGCUUGAUUUGCCAAGACCAGACCAAAAUUGUGGGUGGAAACGAGACAUUCGCGGUGUGGCAUUUAGUGGUCAAUUAACAGGGAAGGCAUUGGCGGUUCAUUAUGCACUGUUCGUAGACGAGACUCGUGACUGCGACGUGGUCAAGUGUGUUAUGCUGAAGGCGUAA